AUGCAGUUCUCCUUCUCUAUCGUCGCUCUGAUUGCCCUAGGUGGCCAAGCACUCACCCAAUCCGCAACAGGAAACUACGUCGUCACAGAAAGCGGCAAUGCCUUGACUGCAAAUAAUAGCCAGGUGAUCUUCGGCCCAGCCGAUGGCGCAAAUGACCAGAUUUGGGGCUUCAGCACCGUCGGCCCCGACACCGUCGUUAUCCAAAACCAAGGUUCAGGAGAUUACCUCAACUGCGACGACAGCGGAACUCCCUGCACCACGUCCCCCAACCCUCAGAUUUUCGAGCCAAUUAAGCGGGGUACGGACUUAUACCAGAUUGCGGAUGAGUCAGGGGUCUUGUUCGUUGCUGAGUCGUCCGAUAAGACGAUUCAUUUGGUUCUGGAUGUGCCGGCUGGUGAGAAGACCGUGUUCACGCUGACUCGGCCUACUGAGUGUGAGUUCUAG